ACUCAGACCGGCGCCUUCUCCUUGCUCCUCGGGGUCGUGGCCUUGCUCCCGUGCAGCCCGGGAAGGGUCCCGGCACGUUGGCGCGCGUGUGCGUGGAGUUGUGAGGUGCCCGUGGUCCGUGCUGGAUCCGUGCAGGAGCGGAGGCAGGAGCCAUGGGCGGGACCGCCAGCACCCGCCGGGUCACCUUCGAGGCGGACGAGAAUGAGAACAUCACCGUGGUGAAGGGCAUCCGGCUCUCGGAAAAUGUGAUUGAUCGAAUGAAGGAAUCCUCUCCAUCUGGUUCCAGGUCUCAGCGGCAUUCUGGUGUUUAUGGAGCCUCAGUUUCUGAUGAAGAAUUGAAAAGGAGAGUCGCUGAGGAGCUGGCAUUGGAACAAGCCAAGAAGGAGUCUGGAACUCAGAAACGACUGAAGCAAGAUAAAGAGCUGGAGCGAGAGCGGGCUGCCGCCAGCGAGCAGUUGACCAGGGCUAUCCUCCGGGAGAGGGUGGCGAGCGAGGAGGAGCGCGCCAAGGCCAAGCACCUGGCUAAGCAGCUGGAGGAGAAAGACCGGGUGAUAAAGAAGCAGGAUGCCUUCUACAAAGAGCAGCUGGCCAGACUGGAGGAAAGGAGCUCAGAGUUCUACAAAGUCACCACCGAGCAGUAUCAGAAAGCCGCGGAGGAAGUGGAAGCAAAGUUCAAGCGGUACGAGUGUCAUCCAGUGUGUGCUGACCUGCAGGCGAGGAUUCUCCAGUGUUACCGCCAGAACACCCAUCAGACCCUCAGCUGCUCUGCUCUGGCCAACCAGUACAUGCACUGUGUGAAUCACGCCAAACAGAGCGUGCUACAGAAGGGAGGAUAGUCACCUCUCAGAACGCACGGAACCCCUGCAACAUUAAUUCCAGAGGCGGAACAUUUUUUUUUCCUAGUAACAAAAUAACCCAUUUAAACAGAAGACCCCCGAAGAGAAGUCCCGGAAAGUCGAGUCAACCGAAUCAUGUCAGGUCAUCAGCACCAAUUGGAAAAGCCAAGGCCGAGAUCCCGGACCAGUCAUCCCAGGACACCGCACAGUGUUCGUGAACCCCAUUUAUGAUGAAUAAAAGACCCCAGCGGCCUUCUCCCCCUUUUUGUACUUUCUCUUCAAUUUCUACCGACCCUAAACUGUGUCCCAUCACUGCUGGACCUUGGCUCGGACGGAGCUGGGAGGCUCGGCUCCCGGAGCGGAGAGAGGGGAGCUUGAGCCCGGUGGCCCUGCCUGGAGGGGUUGUCUAGGCUGUAGCACCUGGGUUUUCCCUCUCUCUCUCUCUCUCUUCUUCCUUGAUUGUGUAAGAGCGAUUUCAUUUUAACUUAUUAUUGUGAUCAUGCAAGUAAAAAGACAAAAAGGAGAGAAAAUGUACCUCUUUUACUGGAAUAAUGUUUAUGAUUGCAAGUGAAGUCAGGCAUUUUUAUCAAUAUGAAAGCAACCUUGACUUCUGCAACCUCCGUCGUGAAUACUGACAUCUCCGCUUCACUCGCUAUCAAUAAUAAAUAUAUUUUCUGACAAAGAGCGGC